AGGAGGAAGCGGCCAACGAAACCAGAAGAAGAAGAAGCAGCCGAAGAAGCGCAUGGGUAGUGAGUUAUGCGAGUAUGUUGGUUACGUGACUAGUAAUUUGAUAAUAAUUUCAUAAGAAGAGAUUGAGAUCAUGGUGCUGCUACUCAGACUCGCCUUGUCGUGUCGCUGUCAAACUACGGGGAGAAAUUUACAGCAGAUACAGCGAACCCCUUUGCGACAGUGGCUGCUGCAGAGAGGACAGACCACAGUGACCACAGAAGGUGGACAUGCGUCAGUCAGGGCGGCGUCGAUCCCAAACGCGGCGAGCGAUCGAGUGCUGGGCCGCUGGCUGGUGGGCUGCAGUGGGCUGGUGCUGGGCGCCGUGGUCCUGGGAGGGGGUCUUCUGGGAUGGUACAUGGUGAAGAGCGGUCUGGAGGAGAAAACCGAAUCGCACGACAUUCCCCGUGUCAGUCAGUACAGGCUGGCGGCUCAUCUGGGCUCCGCUCUGCUGCUGUACUGCUCCAGUCUCUGGACGGGACUCACUCUCAUGCUGCCUGCCAACAAGAUUCCUGACAGCAGGAAUUUGCUGCAGUUAAGGAGGUUUGCCAAGGUUACGGGCGGUCUGGUCUUCCUCACGGCUCUCUCUGGCGCCUUUGUUGCGGGACUGGAUGCGGGUUUGGUUUAUAACUCUUUCCCAAAGAUGGGCGAGCGCUGGAUCCCUGAUGAUCUUCUGGCUUUUUCCCCAGCCAUCAAGAACGUGUUUGAAAAUCCCAGCACAGUUCAGUUUGACCAUCGCAUUCUGGGCAUCGGCUCACUGACAGCCAUCACAGGACUCUACCUGUUCUCCAGACGGGUCCAUCUGCCCAGACGGGCGAAGAUCGCGAUUGGCUGUCUCACAGCCAUGGCCUAUACACAAGUGGUUUUGGGCAUUAGUACCCUGCUGCUCUAUGUUCCCACCCCGCUGGCAGCCACUCAUCAGUCCGGAUCAGUGGCACUGCUCACCUUCGCCAUCUGGGUCUUGGCUGAGCUGCGAAAGGUGGUCAAGUAAAGUGUAUUCAGAGUUUAUGCUAUAAUAAAGUAUAUUUUAAUAAAUCAUGCUUUAGGCACGUGAGCUACAUCUUGUGGGUUUAUAUGAAGUGCUUAUAGACUUUGUGAAAUACAUUGAAAUGUUUAAAUUU